GCCGGAGUCGCCGAGAAAUAAGGUGAAGUUCUUGUGUAGUCAUGGCGGCAAAAUACUGCCGAGGCCCGCCGACGAUUACCUCAAGUACGUCGGCGGCGAGACCCGCGUCGUCUCUGUCCCCAGAGACGUCAAAUUCUCCGGUAAGCACACUUCAAUCAUCAUAUUGUCUUGUUAUAUAUACCACACACACAUGAAUAAUGCUAGGCAUUGUACCAUUGAUCUUAUUUAAAAUUUUACUGAAUAUAAAUUCCACAGAGAGAAAAAAGAAUGUUCGCGCUACAUAACAACUUCAUUUAUAGGUUGACAGCUUGUUUUUCUUUCUAUUUUCGUUUUUAGGUAUUAGUUUCUUCCUCUUAUUUAUUUAAGUUUUUUUUUUUCUUCUAUUUUUUAGGUGAUAUAUUUUUCAUUAUUUAUGUUACAUUAUAAACAAGAAAAGUUAUUCAUUUUAGGGUGCAAAUGAAUCAAGUCGAGCCCAGCCGAGCUUGAGCCUGUUUGGGCUCGUUAGUUUGUGGGCUUAACUAAGAAUUGUGAUGAGUUCAAAAAGCUGAACUCGGGUGCGGCUCGUUUAAUAACAAAUGUCCCUCAAACUCAAUUUAAGCUCUAUUCAAAAUCAUUUGGCUUGUUCAUGAAUGUAUACAGGCUUACAUAACUCUAUGUUCAUGAACAUGUUCACGGACUUGCGUUAAUGGAACAUGUUUACAAGUCCUGCACUAGUCUAUGUUCACGAACACAUACGAGCCUACACGAAUUUAUAUUUACGAGCCUGCGCAAGUCAAGUCCAAUAUUGUACGGGAUCAGCUCAUUUACUUAAUGAACGAGCCUGAGUUAUUAAUCAAGAGCUCAGUUCAUUGACAUCCCUAAUUCGUUGUAACUAACAAUUACAAGAAUGUAAUGAGAGUAUGCUCGUAAUAGACUUACUUUAAGGACUUAUAUUUCAAGUCAAUAUGUUAUAAUAAUUUUCUGUAUUUAUAAUUAGAAUUACUACUUUGGCCUCCAACCGAAAUUUUUUGCUCCUAUUAGAUCCACCAACUGCAAGUUUCAUUUGAUCUCAUAAAAAUAAAAAUAGUAAAUUCGUGAAUGUACUUUAAUAUAUGUAAGUGAUAAAGAAACUGACAAGAGACUAAUCUGAUAAACCUACUUGUAAUCCAUAAUCCAUGUGAUAAACUAAAAUGAUUAAAGAUUAGUAUAAUUACUAACGGACCAAUGUCUCAGCGGUAUCAUACCCUUAUCCCUAUUUGUCAAAGAGAGAUUAGAGGUUUGUGCAUCAGUGGAGACAUGAAUGUAACUAAUGGCGAAACUUAGCAAUCUAUUUGAUGGUGAAAUGGUCCUCAAGUAUCAAUUAAUUCCAGAGGACCUUGAUACCCUCGUUUCGGUAAAAUCCGAUGAGGAUGUCCGCCACAUGCUUGAAGAAUAUGACCGCCAUGAAAGUACAGGGACCUUAAGGCUUCGAGCCUUCCUCUUCCCAGCCAACCCAAUUGUAAUGGACAACCAAACCCAUCCCAUGGACACACAUUCGCUUGAGCAGCGUUACAUUGAUGCCAUUAAUGGAAUCAUUCGUGCUAAUAAUGCAAAACAUACCUCCAGUACCAAUCCAAACCCUCCACCCCACACCAUUUCAUCCACGGGCUCAUCCCCGAAAUCCCAAGAAAGCUGUGCCAUUGACAACAUGUUAGUAUUGAAUGGGCAGCAAUUUCAUAUGCAUAAAGUCCAGAGCUCACCUAGCUUGUGCGGUCCCAACAGCCAACAACACUACAACAACCACCACCAUAUCCACCAGCACCACCACCGUCACUACCCGAACCACCUCCGACAAUCCCUACAACCCUGCCAUGGGUACCAACCUCACAGAGGAGGCGGCAUGCCAACCGAGAAGUUAAUCUCGGUUAGGUCAGUGGAGAGGGCGGAGUCUUGGAGGUACCAAAUGUUUGGCGCCGCCCCAAUCUACCACCAUCACUCGCCUAGGCACAGUGGGGGAAGUGGAGGACCCUGUGACAAAUGUAGUGGUUAUACUGAUAGAAGGUUUGACAGAAAUGACAGUUUCUCACACAGAACUGAGAGUUUCUCACCAAGUCCUCAGUAAUAGGCAAGGAUUAGUUUUCAUUUGCCUGUUGCUUGUGAAGAAGCAUUAUAUAGACUGUUGACUAUGGAACAUUGAAAAAAGACAAAGAAAGAAAGCGUAGGGUGGGAAAGAAUACAUUUUUCGUUUUAAUUUGAUUAUUGAAAUGUACAAACUAUACUUGUAAAUCUAACACCAAUCGUUUUCUUUCUUUUUUCUGAUCAAAUGAUUGUUUAUUUAUUUUUAA